AUGAGCGACAUGGAGGACUCGAUCUUUGACGAAGGCGCCAGUUCCGACUUUGCGCCCCCUGCGAAACCUGCAAAAGCCGCCAAAGUGGCGAAACCAAAGGCAGCAGCACCAAAGAAAGCAGCAGGAACUGCAAAACCACGAGGCCGACCUGCGGGUGCCACUGCAAAGCCAAAGGCGAAGGCUGCGCCCAAGAAGAAGAAAGCAGACGAUUCAGACAUGGAUGAGAACUCCGACAUAGACAUGGACGAGGACCCAGUCGACGAUGACGAGUCGCUACUCAAAGACACACCACCAAAGGCCAAAAAGGCGCCCGGCCCAAAGAAGUCGAGCGGCAAGCCACUUGCAGACAUCCCGAAUGAGAGCUUUGGCGGAGACGACGACGAUGAUGUCCCCAUUUCAAAGCCGAAGAAGGGCGGCGCGAGUAGCAAAUACCAAAUGCUGACACAUCUGGAACAUAUUAUGAAGCGACCCGAUACCUACAUUGGCUCUGUGGAGCGACAGACAGACAAGAUGUGGGUGUACAACUCCGAGAGCGAUUCGAUGGAGUUCCGCGACGUAACCUAUGUGCCCGGUCUAUACAAAAUCUUCGAUGAGAUUCUUGUGAACGCGGCAGAUAACAAGCAGAACGACAAGAACAUGAGCGAGAUUCGAGUUACCGUUGAUCGGGAGACUGGCGAGAUCUCCAUCAAGAACGACGGCAAAGGAAUUCCAAUUGAGAUCCACAAAGAACACGGCAUUUAUGUACCAGAGAUGAUUUUUGGUCACCUCCUUACCUCCUCCAACUACGACGACGAUCAGCAAAAGGUCACCGGUGGUCGCAACGGUUACGGAGCCAAGCUCUGUAACGUUUUCAGUACAGAAUUCACAGUCGAGACUGUUGACUCGAAGCAGAAGAAGAAGUACAGGCAGACCUGGACGGAGAACAUGAGCAAAAUGGGCAAGGCCAAGAUCAGCGAUAUCAAGUCAGACGAUUACACCAAGGUCAGCUGGAAGGCCGACUACGCCCGGUUCGGCAUGACAGGAAUUGACGAUGAUUUCGAAGCGAUGGUCAAGCGCAGGACCUACGACAUGGCUGGUACGCUGCGCGGCGUCAAGGUCUACCUCAACGGCGACCGUAUCAAGCUUACAUCGUUCGCCAAGUACAUGGAGAUGUACACCAAGUCUAUCUCCCGCGACCAGGGCAAGAGCGAGGACGACAAGGAGAAGGACGUCAUCAUCACAGACAAGCUCGACCGCUGGGACAUUGGUUUCGCCGUCUCAGAUGGUUCUUUCAACCAGGUCUCGUUCGUCAACUCUAUCGCCACAACGUCCGGUGGUACGCAUGUGAACCACAUUGCCGAUCAGAUUGUCGAAAAGCUCAUGGCCAUCGUAAACAAGAAGAACAAGGCUGCUGUCAAGCUCAAGCCCGCGCAGAUCAAGAACCAUCUGUUCCUUUUCGUCAACUGUUCCAUCGUCAAUCCGGCCUUUACCUCCCAAACGAAGGAGCAGCUCACCACCAGGCCCAGUCAAUUCGGUAGCAAGCCUGUCUUGAGCGACAAGUUCCUGAACGCCAUCGCAAAGACCGACGUCAUCCAGAACAUCAUGCAUUUUGCUCAGCAGAAGGCUGAUCAGAUGAUGAAGAAGACCGACGGCAACAAGCGCAACCGUAUCAGCAAUGCCAAGCUCACAGAUGCUAAUAAGGCUGGUACCAAGGAUGGACAUCUCUGCACUCUCAUCCUCACUGAGGGUGAGUCAGCUAGUGUACUCGCCUUGGCAGGACGCGCUGUCGUGAACCAGGAUCUGUUUGGUGUCUUCCCGCUACGUGGUAAGCUCCUCAACGUUCGAGACGCCACUGUAGACCAGAUCAUGAAGAAUGCCGAAAUCCAGAACAUCAAGAAGUUUAUGGGUCUUCAACACAAGAAGGAGUAUACCAUGGCAGAUAUGAAGAGCUUGCGCUACGGUCAUCUCAUGAUCAUGACCGAUCAGGAUCACGACGGUAGCCAUAUCAAGGGUCUGUUGAUCAACUUUCUCCAAUGCCAAUUCCCUAGCUUGCUCAAGAUCCCGGGCUUCCUGCUGGAAUUCAUCACGCCCAUCGUCAAGGUCUGGAAGGGCGAUCCCAAGAAUCCGCGCAACAUGAAGAGCUUCUUCUCCAUGCCUGAGUACGAGGAGUGGAAAGAACAGCACCAGCAUGAGAAGGGAUGGGACCACAAGUACUACAAGGGAUUGGGUACCAGUGACAUCCCUGACGCACAAAUCUACUUCAAGGACCUUGAUACGCACAUGAAGCGCUUCCAGGUCAUGCGCGAAGAAGAAGAGAAGCUCAUCGAGCUAGCCUUCUCCAAGAAGAAGGCAGAUGCUCGUAAAGAUUGGUUACGCGACUUUGUUCCUGGUCAGCAUCUCGAUCUUACGACUCCCGACAUCUCUUACGACGACUUCGUGAACAAGGAGUUGAUCCUCUUCUCCAUGGCCGAUAACGUUCGAUCUAUCCCCUCGGUCAUCGAUGGUCUCAAACCAGGUCAGCGCAAGGUUCUGUACACCUGCUUCAGGCGCAACAUCAAGAAAGAUGUCAAGGUGGUUGAGCUCGCCGGUUCCGUCUCUGGUUCCACCGAUUACGCACACGGAGAAGCUUCUAUGCAAGGAACGAUUGUUAAUCUUGCGCAGAACUUUGUCGGUACCAACAACAUCAAUUAUCUCGAACCUAGCGGUAACUUUGGUUCUCGUCUCAAGGGUGGUGCCGAUGCUGCCAGCGCCAGGUACAUCUACACUCGCCUUUCGCCUUUUGCGCGCCGUAUCUUCCAUGGACACGAUGACGCGCUAUUGAAGUAUGGCGAGUCGGACGGCCACAAGAUUGAGCCAGAAAUGUUUGUGCCUAUCUUGCCCACGAUUCUCAUCAACGGUUCUAGUGGUAUCGGUACUGGUUGGAGCUCUGAAAUCCCAAACUUCAACCCGAUGGACAUCAUCGCGAAUAUCAGGCGUCGCAUGGAGCCAGGUGCCACCAAAGAUGACAUGACGCCGAUGAUUCCUUGGUACAAAGGUUUCACUGGUACAACAACCGAGAUAGGCCCUGAUCGGUACCAGUUCACAGGAACUGUCCGACAGACUGGUGACAACGAGGUCGAGAUCACUGAACUGCCAGUUCGCUACUGGACUCAGGACUUCAAGGAAAAGCUCGAGGAGAUCAUCAAGGCUGAGAAGGCUCCGUCGUAUAUCAAGGAUUACAUUGAUUACAAUACUCCUGAUCGCGUUCAUUUCAUCAUCAAAAUGGAAGACAAGUAUAUGGCAGAGGCGGUCACCAAGGGCUUGGAGGAGUAUUUCAAGCUGUUCAAGCCUCAGUCGACGAGCAAUCUGGUCGCAUUCGACGCACAUGGACGCAUUCACAAGUACGCAACUGUUCUCGAUAUUAUUGAGGAGUUCUACCACAUCCGCCUGCGAUACUACGAGAAGCGAAAACAGCAUCAGCUCCAGGUCAUGGAGAAGGAGCACCUCAAGAUGACAAAUCAAGCCAAGUUCAUCCAAAUGAUCAUCGACGGAAAGCUUACGGUCUCCAAGAAGAAGAAGGCUGUCCUCGUUCAAGAGCUCAAGAAGCUCGGCUUCACACCUUUCCCAAAGGUCGAAGAAGCCAAGCAAGCUGGCGAGGUUGAGGACUACCAGGAGGACGAAGCGUCAGAAGACGCUGACGUGGAAGUGUCCGCAAACGACUAUGACUACCUGCUGGGCAUGGCCAUUUGGUCGCUUACUCAAGAGCGUGUCGAAAAGCUUAUGAAGCAGAUCGGCGAGAAGCAGCACGAAAUCGACACCCUCAUCAAGCUCUCACCUAAAGACAUCUGGAAUGUUGAUCUUGAUGCCUUCAUGGACGAGUGGAACCUUCAGCUGGAAGAGGAGGCCAAGCGCAAGAAGAAGAUUGCUGGCAUCACCCGCCGUGCAUCCCAGAAGCUUGGCAUCGCCGCGGGCAAGAGUAGCAAGGGAAAGAAGAAGAGGAAGAUGGACGGCAGCGAUUCGGACGACUCCGGGUCUGACUUUGGCCCAGUUAAGAAAAAGGCGAAGCCGAAAAAGGAGGGCUUGCUCGGCUAUCUCCAGUCAGAACCUGCCAAGAAGCCUAGUGCAGCGGAAGCUCUUAAGAGUAGCAGUGCAUUUGGCUCCACGGCACUGCAGAAGCAAGGGACCUUGCUCACGCACUUAGUCAAGAAGAAAGAGGAACCGCCGCAAGUUGAUGGCGCAGCGGAAAGCAGAUCUGCAUCUGUAGAUCCGAAGCCAGCUCCGGCCAAACGGGGUCGACCGGCCGCUUCGAAGCCUGUCAAAAAGGAUCCAGUCAUAUCUGAUGACGACGAGUCUGAUGUGUUUGCCGCCGUCGCUCAAGAGGCCGCCAAGGAGCCCAGUAAGAGUGCUGCUCCCUCACGAGCUGCUCGCGGUGCAACCAAACAGGUGGCCAAGUACAAUCUCGGCAGCGACUCCGACGAUGACGAGGAUCUUCUCGGCGAUGUAAGCAGCAUGGUGAAAACAAUCGGAUCUGCUACGAACGGGGUUCCUAUGUUCAAGGCAACUACCAGUGCCCGCCCUGGUAGCAAUGGAAGCGCCCGUCCUGGCAGUUCGGCAGUUGGAAAGAAGAGCAGCACGCUCGAAAUCGACGACAACGAGACUAAUUACGAGGGUCUGAUGCCCCAGCCAUCACCUAAGCGUCCCGCGCCUCGCAACGUCAACGAUACCAUCAUGAGCUCAGAUGAUGACAACUCCGAUCUCGUUAUCAAGAAGCCAGCCGCCAGCAAACUCACUGCCAAACCUGCCGCAAAAUCCAAGACAGCAGCCGCCAAACCAGUACCAAAGGCAAAGGCCUUAGCCAAGAAGCCCGCUGCUCAGAGCCCGGCUGCCAAAGCCUACGCGAAGAAACAUGGCAAAGAUGCUGAGUCUGCUAAACCCGUACCCAAAGCUAAGAAGCCCAUCACCAUUGACUCUGACGACGAGGACGAGGAAAUGGAGGAUGCUGAUGCCCUUGCCAACGACAUUCUCUCCGACGAAGAUGAGGAUGAGGAUGAGCCGACCCCUAAGCCCGCGGCACGUAAACCUGCUGCUGGCGCUGCUCGACCUGGUCGUAGGGCCGCUGCUGCUAAGCCAGCCAAGUACGUGGUCAGCGACGAUGAUGAGUCGGAUGCUGUAUCUGAGCCUAGCUUCGAUGACGACGAUGACAGCGAGUAG